CAGGUGGUAUCUUGCCACUCAAGCUAUUCUUGAUACAGAUGGAAGAAGUAGAGGAGCUUUCCAGCGCAUAAGCCCUUCUUCUUUAGGGUCAACGCAGAAACUGGUUUUGGAGAGACAUGAGUGGAGAACAAUAGCUGGGAGUUCAGUGGUUGGUGUGGACCAUGUGCCCACGGAUGUUUGCUGUUUUGGAAGUACCAAUGGUUGAGAAUCUGCAGGAUCCUGUGCCCAGAGAGUGUGGGACAACUCCUACUUUCUGUCUGGUUUUGAUUGGCUUUCGGAAGAGGCUGUGUCCUAUAAAUUGCCCUCGCCAACCUGCUUCUGCUCGAUCACCAGCUGACGGACAGCAUACUGGAAGGAGGAAGAUGCCAGUUGUCAGAAACAUGAGCCGAGCUGUCCGCCAGCUGCUACAGAACUCUGGUUGUGGAUGCGGGAUUCCUGUCAUUCCUGCUCGAUGCAAUCGAGUCUCGCCCCGCCAGGUGGCCUCUGAUGCAAGCUUUCACUCGGUUUCCUUUUCCAACUCCGACCAUCCUCGGGUGCUAAUCACAGGUGGUCUUGGCCAGCUUGGAGUGGGACUUGCUAAGCUUCUGAGGAAACGCUUUGGAAAGAACAGUGUGAUCUUGUCUGACAUUAGAAAGCCUGCAGAUAAUGUUUUUUAUAGUGGUCCUUUUAUCUACGCAGAUAUCUUGGACUACAAGAAUUUGCGUGAGAUAGUGGUGAAUAAUCGGAUAACUUGGCUGUUCCACUAUAGUGCUUUGCUCAGUGCUGUUGGAGAAGCAAACGUCCCCUUGGCCAGAGCCGUAAACAUUACCGGUUUACACAAUAUUCUGGAUAUUGCAGCUGAGCAUAAUUUGAGACUCUUUGUUCCAAGCACUAUUGGAGCCUUUGGACCCACCUCUCCUCGAAAUCCAACUCCUGAUCUCUGCAUCCAGAGACCAAGGACAAUCUAUGGAGUAUCCAAGGUUCACGCUGAGCUCAUGGGAGAAUACUAUCAUUACCGGUAUGGCCUAGACUUCCGCUGCCUGAGGUAUCCAGGAAUUAUAUCUGCUGACUCUCAGCCCGGUGGGGGAACAACUGAUUAUGCUGUCCAGAUUUUCCAUGAUGCCAUAAAGACAGGCAAAUUUCAGUGCUACCUAAAGCCAGACACUCGUCUCCCUAUGAUGUAUAUUGAUGACUGUCUGAAGGCGACUCUAGAAGUCAUGGAGGCCCCUGCAGAGACACUGAGCAUGAGGACAUACAACAUCAGUGCCAUGAGCUUCACUCCGGAAGAGCUGGUGCAGGAGGUGCAGAAACAUGUUCCUGAGCUUCAAGUGACCUACAAAGUGGAUGAAAUCAGGCAGGCCAUAGCUGACAGCUGGCCGAUGAACUUUGAUGACAGGAAUGCCCGGAGGGAUUGGGGCUGGAAACAUGACUAUGAUCUCCCCGAGCUGGUGACUACAAUGUUUAGCUUCCUAGGGUCUGACUCUAGGAUUGCUCAAGUUAACUGAAACACUUUGUAGGAUGUUUCCAGAUUUCUAAAGAGGACCAGAAAGAAAUGGCUAAAUUAGUUUAUAUUUUUCUCGGUCUGAGAGCAUGUCAGUUAUUAUCUUUCAUAAGUAGCAAUAGAGUUGGGCAGAAACAUGCUGUUGCUGGAAUCUACUGUUAGAUUUACAACAUCGUUUGGUGCUGUCUGCAAGCACAGCACCGAUGACAAACACAGAUUUCUUAAACUUUCAUACUUAAGCAGCUAUCAAAAAAAGCUAAGAAAAGCACGCACUGCUGGCUGAUGACUCUUCAACCAUUACUGCUGCCUGCCUCUUCUUUGGCAAACAACUUGGGCCAGUGAUGUCAAGCCUGGUGUUUCAGGCAUAUCCCACCAAGUUAGUGAUAGGUUUGCCAUUUUUCCUGGUGGAGGAUGUUAGAUUGUAAUAAGAUACCAUCCUUUCUACUCUUUGCUUACAAAAGAGAGAUCAGAAGAGCUACUUCAUGUUUUUAAAUUGCAGGGGUUGUUGCAAUUUUAGUUUGAAAUCAAACCUCGGUCAUAGUUCCUUUAUAUAUAUAUAUGUAUAUAUAUAUUGCUGUAAACAUUUUUCUAUAGGGCAUACAAGGUAACAUUAUUCUUACAAUGCUUAAGAAUGUGAAGGGGAAUAGGACUUGAAUUCUCAUUAUGCUUUAAAAACCCAGGGUUUACAAGUUAAGCUUUGUCCUACUCUGAAAGUGCUGCUGCCUGCAGUUUACCCUUGGAGGUAGAUCUGAAAUCUGAGGAGUUGUUGUUAUGUGUAUGUGAACCUGGGGUGUAUUUCAAGUAGGUAAUGUUUAUGUAUGGGUUUAUUAUUAAUUGGCAACACUUUUGGUUAUCCCAGUUGUUUGCUGUGCUAGCUAGCGUGAUGACAUACUGCCUGGAGCAAGUUUCCAGGAUGGGCUGAUGAUGGAGCCUUAUGGUAAAGUUCCAUAAACCAUUGUAAUUUGUUUGCGUUCACUACAUUUUCCUUGUGUGCUGUAAGUGUAUUUGUAGAUGCUAUUUAUGUCUAACUGUCAUAUGCUUUUAUUCUUUAGAGAGGGAUCCAGAAGCUGAAACCACCUUCUAGCUAUAGUUAAGGGCUGUUCUGCUCAUUGAGUCUCAUGCACAACGGAUUCUAGGAUUAACAAGGGGGUCUUAGUAGAUGCGUGCAAGGAAGAUAUGUUGAUUCAAAAGGUACUUAGGAGACAUUGAGAAAUGACAAACUGGACAGACAGAAAAACAAUUUAGGCAAAACAUCCUUUUCCAUGGAUGUGACUCUGAGCUAUCAGCUACUAUAGCUAUAGCAUGCCUUGAGAGACAGCAUCUGGGAACUUUUGAUUUUGUUUCUUUCAAAGAAAAAAUAUCUUUCAUUUUCAAAAUGACUGGAAAUUUCCUAUCUGAAGCUCUCCAUCUUUUUUGUCUUGUAUACUCCAACAAUGUGUGUAGGUAAACAUGUUAAAGUCUUUUUUCUACCUACAACUUGUUUGCUGUGUUUUUUGUGACAAUGCUUUGCUAGUUGUGAGUCUUAGUCUCUCUGUAAGCCUGCAGUGUUUCUCAGUAAGUAGAUAAGUGACAUGACCAGAUUUCUGUCUCUCUGUGAAGGAGUCUGCAUGCUGCAGGGAAUAUGUUUUCUCAUGAAAGCAACCUUCAAAUGAAGAUCUGUGGUGAAACCCAGUUAUUUCAAGUGUUUGUUAAACCUGUUUCUGUCAGGUUUGUUACGUAUUUUAGUGUUUUGGCUGCUGGCAAAGUAUGCAUUUACCAGUUCCUUAAGCUCAAAAACCCCUAAGGUUUUGGCCUGUUAUUGAAACAUUUUUAUAUUGUUUACAUUUCCGAAACGACAAGAUUUAAGCUUUGGCCACUGUUGUAACUAUCGCAUUGUUCAAGUGUAGUAUUUGGCUGAAUUGGCCAGCAACGUUGUGGCCCCCCAUUUGUACCGUACCAGGAAAGACUGGCUCAGGUUUUGUCCUCUGCCCUGCCAAAUCUCUGCUAGUGAACUUUACACUGAGCUGUCAGGUGGAGGGCUUUAAUAUGAGCUCAAGUGUCCUGUCCAUUCCAACCUCAAUUCAGACCCUAAGGACUCCUCGUUGCCUCCAUUCCACAAGAUGUAUAAAAUAGUCAUUGACGGAUCUCACUCCAUUUCCUUACUUCACUUAGUUGGGUUAGGAACAGCCAUUUCAGAAAUCUGUAUUUUGCAAAUCUGAGAUAAACCAUAUUACAACAGAGAGCUGUUUGGAGGUAACAGUGCAGUGUUAAUCAGGACUGUGAUUAGAUGUGUCUAGGUAGGUCUGGAAGGUCUGAUUCCUGUUUGAAAUCCUGGUUUUCAACCUGUGAUGCAUGCAUUUUUUUUCAUACCUUCCCCAUUAACUUCUGUUAUAACAGAGUCUUGGGUUACAUGGUCUAGAGUGAAAUGUCCCUGCCCAUGGCAGGGGGCUGGAACUAGAUGGUCUUAAGGUCCCUUCCAACCUUAACUAUUCUAUGAUUCUAUGUUACAGUAUAUUCUAUAUUACACCAAUUUGAUGUGGUACGAAAUGUCUAACUUUUGCUACCAGUUUGACUUCUGGGCAGAGACUUCCCUCAUGACAUUUGAGCAUUAUAGCUGUUUAAAUUACCUAUUCAGGAAAGAAAGUUGUUAAUACUUUGUUUUUCAAAUAUCGUCAGUUGUGGAUGAUGCCUACUUUAAUAAAAUCCUAUGCAGAUGUAUCCUGUUUUACCAUCCCUGUUUACAGCAUAAAAGAGCAGUGAUGAAGGAUCUCAGUUACUGCUGAAGCCUUUUAAUCAGCCACAGGAGCGAUGUAUGAUUGUGGCACAGUGAAAGAUACAGCCCUCUCAGUCUGUGUAGUGACUGUCAACCAUUUGUAUGACUCACCUGCCUUGUUAAUUGAUGAAUUGACUCUUCUUCAGGUUAAACCCUUUUCAUCCUCCUACGUCUCAACUUUCUAAUGAUGGGAAACCUUUUGAUGGAGGAAGCAUUCCACUUGACCAUAGUGUAAUGACUAAUGCAACCAUUGUUUCUUGCAGAGUAGGGGAGGGUGUUACAGCACCAUCCUCUUCCCAGCUGCUUCAGUUUGAUAAUGUGUUUAUACAUGCUCAGUCUUGCUUCUGUAAGUGCUAUAGGUGAUGGUGCUUCAUCCAAAGCUGCUGUAGUGGGGGAGAGGACCAACAUUACCAUGUCCUUACAAAAAAAAAAAACAACUAUUCCACUUUUCCCAUUUUCCCUCCAUCCUGUUUGUCAGAGACGUAAGAAUAUUUUACCCUGUAAUCACAUUGAUGCAGCAGAAACAAAAGCCCCCUAACCUGUUUGCUUUCAGUUCUCAGAUUUGCAUCUUGCUGGCUUGCCGUGGAGGCAGCAAUGGGCUUUGCUGUCCUCACUUUGCUGUUCUCAGUAAGAGGGAACACACAGAGCUGAAGCAAUGCUCAUGCCAUGAUUAUCAGUAGGUACACACUAAAAAGUUUCAAAGGAAGGUGCUUUGCUCCUUUUCAAGGUCGCAGUGAUGGUGGAGCAUGCACACCACUGUGCAGAUAGAGGCUGGAAAGAACUUUAUGGCCCUAGAGUUUUAAAGUCUCAUGGCAUGACAAGAGGUAGAUUUGGGCACAUGGAAGAAGACAGGACAGUGGCCUUAAAGUUAUGGCUGGAGGCAGAUAGAGCUGGAUGGUUUGAGGACAUCUCUGCACAUCUCCCCAGCUCUUCUGAAAGCUAAUGUAAAACUGAUUGGAUAACAUCUGCAGGAGGGGUUGUUUCUUAGCACAGACAUAACCUCAGGUUACUCAGCCAAACUUUCCCAGAGGAGAAAAUGAGAUUGUGGAAGGUUGACCCUUGCUGGACACCAGGUGCUCACCAAACCACUCUAUCACUUCCCUCCUCAGCAGAACAGGGGGAAAGAAUAUAAGAUAGAAAAAAACCCUUAUGGGUCAAGAUAAAGGCAGUUCAAUAAAGCAAAGGCAAAGGUUGUGUGUGGAUGCAAAUGAAAACAGAAGAUUUUGUUCUCUACUUCCCAUAAGCAGGUGACGUCUGGCCACUUCCUGGGAAGAAGGAUUUCAGUAUGUGCAGUGGUUGCUUCAGAAGACAAAUGCUGUAAAUAACAAAUGCCUCCCCUUCCUUCUCCUUCCUCUUAGCUUUUAUUGCUGAGUAGAAUAGGAAUAGGUCAGGGAUUAGCCCAGAGCAAAAACAUACGCAGCAGGCAAUUUUGAUUCUGUGACCCUGUUUUGGAGAGCAAACAAAUCCAAUAUAUGGUUACAGCAAGGCUGUGCCAGCCAGAGAGAGCCCAGGCUUUGCUCAGGUUGGUCAUGAAGUCCUUCAUAUGGGUGUCUCAGUGCCUGGCACAGGAAACCAAGAAGCAGGAGAGAUGUGGCCAUCUCUUUUCCACCAGUGUCCUGGGAUUUGGCCAUCCAGACACACUUGGCAAGAAGCAUGAGGAGGUUCUUGAGUAUCUUCCUGUAAUCAAUUCACAUGUCCCUUGACCCUCUGAAGUUCAACAGAUGUGUCCUCCACUUUGCUGCUGGUUCCUCAGCAUGUCUCUGCCUUUGUUCCCAGUCUUGUGGGCCUCCUCAGCCCCUUCCUUGUCAAAGGAAAAAGGAUGGGACCAUGCUCCUGGUGGGAUAAACACAUCCCCAGUAAUUUCCCUCCUACAGUGAGGUCACAGUGUGUAGCUUUAUGGGUGGGAUGACCUUUAGACCAAUCCUCAAUAGAGGAGGCUCUUGGCAGGGGAUGCUAGACUGCAGCUCCAAGGACACCAGCAAACUGAUCAUUUUUUGGCAAGAAAGGAGCAUUGCUGCAAGGACGAUCUCUCCUUACCUAUCUGGUGCAAUAGGUCCCUAAUCUCCCCAGCCUUUACGUAAUGCCAGGGUAAAGACCCAUCACCAUCAGAGCUUUUGCCAAAGCAAUGUGUCAGAUGAGAGAUAUCAAAGUCCAGAGAUUGUUCACUGACUAUCUGUUUCCCCUUCACCCAACACUGCUGGUUCUUUGCAUCUGAAACCCAAGAUUCAUGAGAUUUGGUGCAUUUUUUAAAGCCCUACCUCCUAGAGUUUUGGAUUCUGAGAGGCUCAUAAGAAGUUCUGUAACAGUCCACACCUUAUUAAUCCUUAUGAAUUAAAGGCAAAAAAUAAUCUCCUGAAAAUGAAUAUGAACUUCAGGAACUCAAAUAUCUGUAAUUUCUGAAAGUGCAGAGUUUUGAUGUUUUAUUACCAUUUUAUUUGCAAUAAUUGAUUAUACUUUUAUUAUCUUACUUAUUUUUGCGGACUCACAGUUUUUCCCUCUAUGGCCACAGCAAUAUUCAUACAUUCCUUUGGUAAAUACAGGAAUUACAUUGUUCUUGCUGAAAUAAUGGCUUGCCAGCAUUUCCUAAAUGGUGAUAAAUUGCUAAAAUCACAUUUUCUAUAAGAGUGUCUUAUACGGAGCUCAUCACAGAGUGUCUGAAUGUGUUUAGUUACAUGGAAACACCACCCAAGAAUGCUGUUUCAGGGAAUAAGUGGUUUAUUGAGCUCCAGCACUAGGGAAACCUGGUUUGGUAUGGAUUUGUGUCUUGCAGCUGAUUGAUGUGGGUGUCUAAUAAUGAAAUAAAAAGUGUUAUUUUUACAA